GCGUUAAUAGUUUGAUCUUUUGAGUAAUUUCCAGUGCUUGUGUUUUUUGUGACCUGUUCUAACGUGCCUCCUCCUUUUUUCUUCCAGUGCCUCACUCCCCGCUCACUGCAGCCAGCUCCAGCACUCUCACACUCCGGACUCUUGGACUCUCAUUCCCUGAUUGCUUACCUGUGUAAAUAAAACUGUUAAAACUGCUACUCCGCCUCCGCAUCCUGGGUUCAACAUCACAAAUCAUACAACAGAAAAUUCAGGCCAGAAAUGGACCCAGCGGACCCGGACUCAAUAAAGACUGCAAUAUCUCACCAAGGACAACGCCUCGGACAACACAAGACCAUGUUAAAAGGUAUGCCACCAAUCAGCAGAGACUACAACACGCACUGUCGAUGCCCUCAAGUGGAGUCUAGGAUCAUUCCCCCAGACAACCUGAGAAGCAUCAAACUCAUCCCUGAAGGUCCCCACUGCCCCGACACAGAAGUCAUAGCUGGACUGGCAAGCGGGGAGAAAGUCUGCCUGAACCCUCGAUCUUCCUGGGUGAAGAAGUUGAUCCACUUUGUCCUUGAGCGACAGCUGCAUCAGCAGGGAGUGGCAGUCACCAAGAAUAAAGCCUAAUGUCAUGACGCAAGUGAAAAUGUGUUGCAAAGAAACCUGUCAUCAGGUCAUCACCCCUCUCUGCAAGUAUGAGCUAGACUAUAAGGAUGCUAUAACAAAUAACAUUUGAUUUAAUCAUCUUUUGCUGAAGUUUAUAACUUAUUUUCUGCUGUUAGUAAUCUUAAUUUUUUCUUGAUAUUCUUGAUUUUUAUUUAAUAUGUUUUAAAGUGAAAUCAAGCCUUUACUUUGUAUUGUUUAAAAGCAGAAAGGUGGCUAAGACUUUAUUUGUUGGGACCCAAUUAACAAGCAAUUUUCUCUGGUUUUUAGGGUGGCAUUUCACCUUGUCCCUAACCUCAUAGUCUUAGCCCUUAGCCUAAAAAUUACUUUAAAAUUAUUCAGGAAGCACUCUAAUUCAGGAUUCUAAUUUAGUGGGCUAAAAAAGAAUUUAACAGGGAAUCAUCAAGCAACUUGUAUGGAGUAUCAUCAUCUUAAUUCUACCUGAUAAAAUACCACAGAGAAUUGUCACAAUGUUAUGAAGGUUAUGGUAAGGGGGGUAAGGGUGAGGAUUAAAAACUAAAAACUUGGAUACUUCUUACUUGGUAAAAUGCCAACUUAUUACUCAGCAAUUGCCACUUUAUUCCUGAGAAACUAUUAGAUGACUACACUUAUAACUUGGUAAUUAGGGCCCAUCAAAACAAAUUUCCACCGAAAGGUGUUUUGCAAUAUGUGAAAGUAAAUUUAAAUGAGCUGUAAUGUUAAAAUAUGUGCAUACAAGGCAGGGAUGUCCAAACUACAGCCAGGGGGCCAGUUGUGGUCCAUGGUCCAUUCUUAAUUGGCCAAAGAAAAUUCUUUACAAUAAAGGUGAGGAAUAUCAAAGUGGUCUAGACAUCCCAGUAUUUUUUUUUCUGUAUGCAGCCUUCAGUGUAAAAAGUUUGGACACCCCUGACAUAAGGUAUUUAAUCAUUUUAGUAAAAAAGGCAAGUGUGACUUGAAACUGUUUUGGCACUAAAAGGUUUGGAUGAAUAACUGAGAGCAGAUAUGUAGCAUUUUUUAUUCUAACCUUUUUUACUAUGUUAUACUUAU